AUGACUCUAGUACAAUAUUCUGAUUCAGAAUCCGACUCAGAGUCUAGAUCCUCUCUCCGCCCAACCAAGAAACCUCGCCACGACAAUCAUCCAGGGCCAUCGCUGCCGCCUCUACCUGCAGCAUUCCACAACCUCUAUGCCUCGAGCACACGUGUGAGCGUGCAAGAUAACCCCAGCCUUCAUGGCGGCCGAACACGCGUAAUUCCUCAUGUAGAAGGAAACUGGCCAACACACCUUUACCUCGAGUGGUACCCGGGGAAAGACGAGCUGUCGCUCCUUGAAGAUAUCAUCGCUCACUCUGGGAAUCUGCCAGAUGAGAAAGCGCCCACGGUGCACAGUCUUCUUCAUAGCGAUCUCGGUGCCCAGCUACCCCUUCAUAUCAGUCUAUCUCGGCCGGUGAUUCUUCGCACCGAGCAGCGUGUCUCAUUUACUGAGGCGCUGCAAAAAGCCAUCCAUGAUUCGCAUGUCCUAUCAUUUGAUGUCCAACCGGAUACUUUAUAUUGGUCAUCUAACUAUGAGAAAACACGCUGUUUUCUCGUCUUAGGCGUGCAGAGACCGAAACAUGAUGGUCUGAACCGCCUCUUGAAGGUAUCAAACGACAUCCUUGCUCGCUUUGGCCAACCAUCUCUUUAUGCAACCUCCUCGACUCAAGGAAAGCAGACCAAUGUAUCCUUCCAUGAUAGAAGCGGCAUGCUGAGCAGCGAUGAUUUCUCGGGGUGCUUCCAUAUCUCACUUGCUUGGAGUCUGUCAGAGCCCGGCCCGAAGGAACGUGAACGGGUCGCCGGGAUCGAUUUGCAAGCUUUGCGGGAAAUACGGGUUGAAUUCGAUAGUGUCAAGGCAAAGAUUGGGAAUAUUGUCGGUAGUAUACCAUUAGGAAAAACCCCAUGA